CGAACUAAUAUAGUUUCUAACCUUAAAAAUUGACAUUUAUCUUAAAUCUAAUAAUUAAAUAAACUAACGAAGUAGCUAUAAUGUUUAAAUUAAAAAUUAUUGAUUUUAUGAAGUAAAUGAAAAUAGUAUGAAAAAGUUACUGAUGUGACCAAAAAAUACAAUUUCGUUAGAGAAAUAGCCAUAUAAUGGCCAGACCAGAAAAUCUGUGCAAUCAAUCAUUACUUGAAGCUGGUGAACGAACUCUUGAUAGAACAAUCGGUGAACCUGGUGACGUUAAAACCCAGUUUGUUACAAGAGAAGGAACCUAUAGACUGUUAACUUUAAGUGAAUAUUCUCGACCAAACCGAGUUGGAUACCAACCACAGGGACAAACACCACCUCAAGUUAGAGUAUCUCUAGUCUCCCUUCCUGAUCAAGCAGGAGAACGAAUUUGCUUUAAUCACGGCAGGGAACUGUAUGUUUAUGUUUAUAAAGGAAUAAAGAAAGCAGCAGAUUUAAGUAAACCCCUAGAAAAAAAGGUAUAUAAGGGUACAAACCCAACUUGUCAUGAUUUCAAUAGUACUUCUGCUGUAAGUGAUGGUGUAAGUCUACUCAUAGGAUUUAGCACUGGCCAAAUUCAAUUAAUUGAUCCAAUAAAAAAAGAACUAAGUAAACUAUUUAAUGAAGAAAGAUUUAUUGAUAAAACAAGAGUUACCUGUUUAUGUUGGGUUCCAGGAAGUAAAUCCUUAUUUUUAGCAGCUCAUGCUUCAGGACAAUUUUAUGUUUAUAAUGAAGAAUUGCCUUGUGGAUCUGCAGCUCCUCAUUACCAGCCUUUCAAAGCUGGUGAAGGUUUUUCUGUAAACACCUGUAAAACUAAAUCAACCAGAAAUCCUUUAUUCAGGUGGUUGUUGGGAACUGGUGCUGCAAUUAAUGAAUUAGCAUUUAGUCCUAAUGGAUCUCAGUUAGCUGUAGUUUCUCAAGAUGGGUUACUUAGAAUAUUCCAAUAUGAUAGCAUGGAACUUUUAGGCCAUGCAAGAUCAUACUUUGGUGGUUUAUUAUGUGUUGCAUGGUCAUGUGAUGGGAAAUUAAUAGCUGUAGGUGGUGAGGAUGAUUUAGUUACAGUGUAUUCCAUGGAACAAAAGCGGGUCGUAGCUCGUGCUCAAGGACAUCGUUCGUGGGUAUCAGCUGUUGCAUUUGACUGGUUUUUAGAAGCAGAAUCCUGUUACAGAUUAGGAUCAGUCGGACACGACACUCAAAUAUGUCUUUGGGAACUGCCUGAAGAUAAUUUAGUACCCCCAAGGCCAAGAGCUAAAAGAAGACCUGAUCCUCUACAAUUAGUUGGUACUCCAGCUUGUCCUAGAAUAGAUGAAUGUCCAAACCUCGAACCUUUAGUUUGUAAGAAAAUUGCUCAUGAAAGAUUAACUGCUCUAGUCUUUAGGCCUGAUUCUAUAAUAACUGCGUGCCAAGAUGGAUAUGUUUAUACUUGGGCGCGUCCUACCACAUAA